AUGCGAGAUCUUGAAUCUGUUUGCUGGUCUGAAGCAAGGAUUGAAUUGCGGCAAUGGAGGGUUGUGGAGGAAGGGGAGGGCUGUGGAGCAAAGGACCAUCAGCUUCCUUUAGGGAGCUAUCCACAGACUCUUGGCACUUUUGAAAUAGCAAAUAUCAUUUACUUCAGCUAUUCAAUUCGAGGUCAUCGCGGUGUUGGUGUGAAAAAUAAUUUUCCUUAA